AUGCACAGCCUGGAUCCUCCUCCCCUGGACAUUCGUUGCUAUAUCUCGCCCUCGACUUGUGUCGACUCGACGCGUGCUACCGCAGAGGCUUCUAUUGUGGCAGCCGUCAACUCAGCUUCUCCUCCAUCUCCGUCGUAUAGAUCGCCCACGACGCGCAAGUUAGCUGCCGGGAGUGGUAUUGCCAGAGAUGGAGUGAUUGUGGGCAAGUUUGUAUUAGCAGAAGAAGCAGAAGCAGAAGACGCCGCCGACAUUUUGACUGGGCAUGCACGUACUAGAAUGGCUCAACGCCGCUCUAGCUACCCCUUCUCUUCGGCGUCCGAACUAUCGGGCAGGGGCCUGCGAGAGUGGCAGGGCUCAAAGGAACGACGAGUCCAUGGCGAUGAUGCCAUCACUUCUCAGACGGCAGUAGAAGACAACUGGUCGCCUCCAGGCACGGAUUCGGGCAACGACCCUUCAGCAGCAGUCUUGGCUACCUCACAGCAACAGCUCAGUGAAUAUCGCGCCAGGCUGGCCCGGGACCUGGAGACCCGCGAACUCUCAAUCAAAGGUCUGCUCAUGACACAGUCGGAAAAGGCUCGAGUUUCUCCCAUCUUGGAAGAAGGAACGGGCAUUCCCUCUCCGCCAAUGCUCACGGCGGCACCUACCACCACCUCGACCGAGUCUGGCAACACCGUCCGCGGCGCCAUGACCCCGGCAGCAGUCGCACAAACACCUUCGUACCCUUUUCCCCGAAUGGCCAGAUUUCCUUCCUAUCAAACGUCGUCCAAAUCGUCUCCCUACCAACCGACGGCGAGCCCGUUAUCACGGCAACAAUUCCAGUCGCCCAUGGAAUACCGCGGCUUGCUGGACAGGGUUUUAUCAGAGUCAUCUACACCAGCGUCGAAUGUUACGUUUGAGCCGCCAGGAGCUGCCUCCGGGAAUCCUCAUGGUUUCGAUUUCCCCUCUCCGAACCUCUACGACUUGUCUCUGAUGCUGUCUUCUGAGCCUGGGUUAGAUGCGUGGUGGAAUACAGUGGUACAAAUCAUGAAGGACAUUUACAAAGCAGAGCGAGUGACACUGGCCAUUCCCGCCGACACGACUGACAUUGAAAAUGUUCCUUGGGGUCAAAAGGCCACGUACAAUGAGCAUCAAGAAGACGAGCUGAGCCUCGGCUACCUGGCAAAGGCGAGUAGUGCUUCCGAUGGGGCAGCGGCCUUUGAGGAUAGAACCGCAGACUCGCCCUCUACUGCGGCCCCCCGGCCCGGGUUACGGAGCCGGCACUCAUAUACCGCCUUUGAGGAAAACAAACACAAAUCGUUGGACCAGAACUCAACAAUGCCGCCGCCGAAAAGACCGACUAAUUUAUCGAGAAGCAAGACGCAGUAUCCGUCACCGCGGGUCGCGACAGAGUUUCACGACGACUACACCAAGUUAAAUAAAGACGCUCUGGAUGAGCAUGACGCCACGGCCGAGACUCAACAGGCAGUUCCCAGCUGGGAAGCUCCGUUUAUGGCCCGCUACGAAGGCCAGGGCCAGGUCCUGCCUGUUCUGCAAGCCCUGGAUUAUGAAGCCGAUCCCUUAAUUGACCAUACCGGUGUUAUGCGAGUGCUCGAGCGCGGUCGACCCGUGGCUCUAACUCGAACAUAUCCAUACCUUCCCAGAACAAAGCCCGACCCUAAGCAGACCGUUGACCAGAAGUCAGGUUCCAAGGGAAGCAAUGCAGAUUCCAAGAGACCGAAAAGAUCGCGAACCGAGUCCGUGUCAAAAUUGUCGACGAUUUUUGCCGGAACAACGCAAUCCAAGGGUAUGAAUAAUAAUCAUGUUGGCGACAAGCUCAAAACGACCACUAUAUCAUCGUCAUUGGACGACGAGGGUCCCCGGCCACCAACUCCAAAGUAUGAGGAGUACGAGCAAGCGCCGCCGUCCCCAUGGUCCCAAUCACCAGCUCCGUCUCCCGCCGUUCGAGCCGAUCCAAAGGAGAAUCCCUUCUUCACAGAUGCCAUGGUCGACGAAGACUCUUUUAACCCCGGCUCACCCCCCACAAGCUACACAGGAAUGCGUCCGCCGGAAGCGAUUGGCGUCGAUAAUUCCUGGACUGUCCUCCACAUACCCCUGACACACGUCCUUCUCUCCAAGCCAACGCGGUCAUUCAAACUUGAUACAACGGCGCUUGAACAAAAGUCACAUUUGCGAAGCAGGGGUGAGCGGCAUGUAAGCGCUGAGGCCGACCAAGUCUCCCCCGAACAAGUAAAACGAAACCGAUCGUCCCCCAUUGCCGUCCUCUCCAUCCUUAGCCCAAUUAUACCUUAUCCUUCCAAUCUGAGACACUCUUUAGAGCACCUGGCGCCGCACAUGGCCACUUCCUUCUCGCUUUGUCGUCAUUACAGCAACCUUGAAACCGAAUUAGCUGGUAUUCGACGACGACGGCCUUCGACAACCGGCUUUGGGGCGGUAGCUCCGUUCGGAAGCCACGUCGACGGCGGCGCGUUUCUGCCAUCGGCGCAGGCUCUUGUUCACCAGAACUCUCUCGGAGGAAGCAUUACCAGUCCGAGCGACUAUUCGGCCAUCUCGAAAAGUACAACUGCCUCACCAUUGGUUACACCUGGCUGGGAACACGGCUCGCUGAAUCAUCUUGUCGACCGGCGACAACCUCUUGGUAGUCCUUCAGGUUCACAGGCCCUAGAGAGCUAUUUCGCAACAAAGCAAAGACUAGUAUUAAAGGAGGCGUCGACUUCGGCGACUCAACGGUCGCGAACUGUCUCUAAGGAUAGCUCCCCCGGCGAGAAAAGGCAUUCGUCUCUGACUGGUGUUCGAUUUGGGAACGAGUCGACUUCUAGCCCCCAGCAGCUAGUGACGGAAAGAGGCUAUUUCGAAUCCGAAGAUCCCAUGACGAAACCCCAGAAGGAGGAGGAAGAGGACGAGGAAGAGGAGGACGAGGAGGACGCCGGUGCGUUGAGUAGCAGCGGCGGUGGGGCUUAUGAACUGGUGAGCGACAAGGCCGAGGACGGGGCCAAGACAGACCUCAACAUCAACAACAAAAUCACAUCUCACCAUGGCCACAGUGUGUUGCAUAGCUACGGCGCCGACUUUUCUUCCACCUUCCAAUCGCUUCCUCCGAGCUCAAGUUUGUCGGCUAGACUGCCUCCCACCCCGGCCGCACCACCGCGUAGCGGCUCGUUGACGUCCAUGGCUGGAGACAUGCCACCUCCGUCUGAUAGGUUAAAGGGCCUCAUACUAGACUCGCUGCCUGCCCAUGUCUUUGUGUCAUUGCCCCAAACAGGGGAGACUGUGUGGGUGAAUAGUCGCUUCUUGUCAUAUCGUGGGCAGACGGUAGCAGACCUGUCGGCUGAUCCAUGGGGGAGCAUUCAUCCCGACGACCGAGCGGGCUAUCUCAAGGCCUGGGGCCACUCGCUUCGGACAGGCGAGCAGUUUUCAAGAUCCGUCCGUAUAAAGAGAUUCGACGGUGCAUACCGUUGGUUCUAUGCCCGCGCUGUGGCGUCAAAGGACAAGAGAGGAGUCAUUAUGCAAUUCCUGGGCUCGUACAUGGACAUUCACGACCAGCAUAUUGCCGAGCUAAAGGCUGCUCGACAAGAAGAAAUCGAGGCGUCCGAGGCCAAACACCGACUGCUCGCCAACCUUAUCCCACAAAUCAUCUUUACGGCCACCGAGGAUGACGCCAUUACGUUUGCCAAUGACCAAUGGCUGUCCUAUACCGGGCAGAGCUUUGAGGAUUCGCUCGGUCUUGGAUUCAUGGACCACGUGCAUCCUGAUGAUUUAGCGAGAUGUCGUAUUCCAAUUGAGCAUGGAGGUGAGUCUUUGAAUGAUGCGCGAUCACCUCCGGAAGAAAAGGACCACGGCGGAGCAUCGUCGUCCGGAACCCAGACUUCGCCAACGGCGCGCAAUGUGCAGCAGCAGCCAGCUGUUGGCAAGUCAGGAAUGCGAAACGUGCAGCCUGCGCUGUCCAGAGCCAGCAGUUCCGGUUCCGAGUCCAUCUACUCCCUCCCAUCUGCCGAACUCACAGAACUGGCACGGAAGGGCAUAAUAAAGGUGACGACAGAUACAAGCGGCAGGCUGUCGUACACUACCGAGGUCCGACUCCGGUCUAAGACUGGCGAGUACCGAUGGCAUCUCAUUCGUUGCGUCGAAAUCGACACGUUUGAUUUCGGGCGGGGAGCCAGCUCUUAUUUUGGCUCUGCUACCGAUAUCAACGAUCACAAGCUUCUAGAGGCCAAGCUCAAGGAAGCCAUGGAAUCCAAAGGUCGAUUUCUGAGCAACAUGUCUCACGAGAUUCGAACGCCGCUCAUUGGCAUCUCGGGCAUGGUGAGCUUUUUGCAGGACACCACGCUCAACGAGGAGCAAAGAGACUACACCAACACAAUUCAGACCAGCGCCAACAGCCUAAUCAUGAUUAUCAAUGACAUUUUAGACCUGUCAAAGGUGGACGCCGGCAUGAUGAAGCUAAAGUACGAGUGGUUCCACACGCGGUCUCUGAUUGAGGACGUGAAUGAACUCGUAUCAACCAUGGCCAUUGCCAAGCGCCUCGAGCUGAACUACCUCGUCGAAGCAGAUGUGCCUGCGUGGGUAAAGGGCGACAAGGUUCGAAUUCGCCAAGUCCUGCUCAAUGUCAUUGGAAAUGCAAUCAAAUUCACGGCCGAGGGCGAAGUGUUCAGCCGGUGCAGAGUGUAUACCGAAGAGGAUCCAGUAGUUUGCAACGAGAACGAAAUCAUGCUUCAGUUUGCCAUUACUGAUACAGGCAGGGGCUUCACAAAGGAGGAGGCAGAACUGAUCUUUAAGCCAUUUAGCCAGAUAGACGGAAGCAGCACCAGGCAACACGGCGGAAGCGGCCUGGGACUGGUGAUUUCUCGACAACUUGUUGAGCUUCAUGGUGGUAAGAUGGAAGGCACGGCCAUUCCUGGUAAAGGGUCAACCUUUACCUUCACUGCUCGAUUUACCUUGCCAUCGCCCGAAGACCAUCCCAACAUCCCAAUUAGUCCUGGAUCAACCGCCUCCACUGGAUCAAGACAAGGGUCGUCCGAAAAUGUCAACCGUCCAACUAAAGAACUUGCCGCGGUGGAGCAGUUGGGAGGCAGUAGUAGUAGCCCAAGGGAAGGAGAAGAAGAAGGGGCAAGCCCCAAGGAAGUAGCCUCUGCAUCCCCCGUGUCCGUCAAUGCAAGUGGUAGCCCGGAACCUCCGAAUCGCCUUCCGAGAUAUCUCACAGUCCCCCCCUCAGGUGCAUCUGGCCAUUCCGGUCUGACUCAGUUUAGUGAGGCAGCCAAGGCCAGCGGACAGGACUUGUCCCAGAUGAAAUUGGAAAUGGCCGUGGACAGAGGGUCGCCGUCGAGACCGUCAACGUCAGAGGUUGGCAGCCCUCGGCCAACAUGUGAUUUGCGCCCACCACUGUAUUCAAUCUUGAUCAUCUGCGCACAGCACCACAGCCGCGAAGCAACGACGCAACACAUUGAAAUGACGCUACCCAAGGACGUUCCUCAUCGGAUUACGGCCAUUGCUUCCAUCGAAGACGCGGAGCCUUUUCUUGGCGGCGAAGAUUCCAUGCGAUUUACUCAUAUCGUCCUCAACUUGGCGUCUGCCGAGGCCAUCAUUGAUGUCAUGGAUCGAAUCACAAAGUCGCAGAAAAUCGAGGGAACCACCAUUGUGAUUCUCUGUGACUCUGUACAACGACAAGCCGUUCAGAAGCUAGCUGCCGAUACGAAGCACGAGCGUUUCCUGUCGGAGAAUCUCGUCACCUUUAUAUACAAGCCUGUCAAGCCGUCACGAUUCGCAGUCAUCUUUGACCCGGAGAAAGUACGAGAUCUCAGCACGGACAGAAACCGAUCCACAGCGCAACAAAUGGUUGAGAAUCAAAAGGCCAGUUACCAAGAGAUUGAGAAGCGCAUGGGCAACAAGGGGUACAGGGUGCUGCUUGUGGAGGACAAUCCUGUGAAUCAGAAGGUGUUGAACAAGUAUUUGAAGAAGAUUGGAGUCGAGGUCGAGGUUGCUGUUGACGGCGUUGAGUGCACGGAGAUUGUCUUGUCCAAGCCUCAUAGCUACUACUCCCUGAUUCUGGCAUGCCGUGAAGUACGAGAAUGGGAGAAGGCAUCGAGUUUGCCCAAGCUGCCAAUUAUUGCACUGUCAGCUAAUGUCAUGUCUGAUGUGCAAGAAAAGUGUGUUGCGGCGGGUUUCAGCGACUACGUGACAAAACCCGUCGACUUUAUCGAUUUAAGCAGGGCCAUGGCCAAGUUCUUCUGA